AGUGUGGCUUCUUUUUCUAUUCAAAACAGCACAUGAGGGACUGAACUUUUGAGAAGAUAUAAUCCUGAUUCUUUAAGACACGCUUAUGUGACAGCAGGUUGGUUAUGAAAGAUCAUUUUCUAAUUUAAGCUUCGGCGUGUGAAUGAAGCCGGACUCGGGCCGGAGGAGUUCACACUUUACAUCCAGCAUCAGUUCCGCGUUUGACUGUAGCAGAGUUCACGUUGGGUAACAGCACAGUGACCGCGGGUUAGCAGCGUCCAUAUUUAUAUCUUUAUAAAACACGUAUUUACCUAAACAUGGCUGUAAACAACAUAGAGACCGAGUCUGAGCUCCGGAUCUACGGGUUUACCAGGAGAGCUUCAGCUGUGUUGACCCACGUCAUCUGCAUCGUUUUCAGCCUCUUCAUCGCUCUGAUGUCCCGACCUGGCUCCAGUUUGUUUUCCUGGCAUCCUUUCCUCAUGACACUGGCUUUCUCCUUCUUCAUGACAGAAGCCAUACUCAUCUUCUCCCCCCACGGCUCCCCCAUCAAAGGUUUCCCACACAAGAUCAAAGGUCGUGUUCACUGGAUCCUGCAGUGCCUGUGCGUGUCCUGUGCGGUCCUGGGUGUGGCAGCCAUCUUUUACAACAAACACCUGAACAGUAAACCCCACUUCACCUCAUGGCACGGUCUGCUGGGCCUGCUCACGGUGUGCGUGGUCGGGCUGCAGUCUUUGGUGGCUUUGCCUCUCAUCUACCAUUCCCUGGCCAAAGGCUGGUCCCUGGCCAAACUCAAGCGCUAUCACGCGGCGUCCGGGCUCAUCACGUACCUGCUCGGCAGCAUGAGUCUGCUGCUCGGCCUCUGCUCGGCCUGGUUCACCGCCUCUGUCAACGAAUACACCUGGUACCUGUCAGCACUGUGCCCGGCCGUCAGCGCUCUCAUGAUAAUGAACCAAGUCACCAGUGCGUACAUGGCCAAGAAACGUCUGCAGUCCUGACAGAGGAGACGUUAUCGGACUUUAACAACACUGUCGCUUAAAACCUGUGCAAUGUUUACCAGAGACUUCCUUUCUUUCAGUCUCGUACUACUACUAUGAUUUCUGCAGCUACAGACUCGUUAUUCUCACAAGAAAUAUGUGUGGAUAAUGAAAUCAUUUUCUUUUAUUCAUUUCAUUGCCUGUGGCUGAAAUAGAGGACACUGAGUCUACGCGUCUCUGUAUUUUGGGUUUUUAGGAACGGCUCAAUGACCUGAGGAGUUUUCAUUUGACAGUUACGCACCCAUGUUGAGCUUCUUUGGUUUGUUUGUAGCUUCUGAUGUUUUAAGCCAUACUAGCUUUAACUAUAACCAUGGACUGUAUAUAAAGAUGGAGGAAGCUUCUCCACUUCCUCCCACUAUCCAGACAAGAAGCCAAUACAUCCUGGAUAUGAAGGCUGAACCACAAAAUUUAGUUUGUCCCAUGUCACAUUUACUAACAUGGAGGCAGAAUUUAUGAACUAUACUGCAGCCAGUAACUAGGUGGCUAUCUUUAUAAACAGUGUAUGAUUAUGACCAAAUACCUGCAAAAUGAUGUCCCGUAACAUUACCUGCUAAACACCAGUAUUCUAGCAAUAGCAUUUUGCAAAGCAUUGUUUCCUCUACAUUCUCAGAGCUGCUAGCGUUGCUGUAGACUCAAUAUCGUUUUUAAACUUAAAAGCUUCAAAUGUGACAGGUUUGAGCAAAAGAAGUCAGUUAGUGAAAUAAAAAAUGGUUUCAAUGUUCUCUUCAGACUGAACAGUGUGAGGUUGGUUUUGACACAAGAUUAUAAGACAUCACCAAAACUUUUUGUAGGUCGUCAGAAAACCCAGUGUUUUUUGAGUCAUGACCUCAUUAAAUACUGCCUUGAAUGUCCUUGAAUAUUUGUUGAUCUCAGGUUGAAAUUUUGUAUCUUGUGUUGCGUAUUAUCCGUCCUCCUGGUUACUGACUUGGCCAUGUCUGAUGAUGUCAUACCAAAGGUAUAUCCACAUUAAAAGCACAUGUCAAUGAUUCA